AACACGGAAGUUCAGUCUGCAGACAGUCCCGAAGAGUGAGAGUGAAUCUGCAAACUUUCCCUGUACCGCCAACAGCAGGAGGACAAAGAUGGCACCCAAGCGAAGGGCAGCAUCGAGCACCAAAGCUGGAGGGAAGAAAGUCAAGCAAGAGACGCAACCUGAAGCUCCACCCAAAGACAAAUUCACUUCCGCCAAAGAGGCCCUGAAGGCAACAGGACCGCAGGUGAAGUGCACAAGGAACCCAGACAGCUUAUGUCAUCUGUCAAAUGCUGAGGUUCACGAGGAUUACGACUGUAUGCUAAACCAAACCAACAUAGGAAACAACAACAACAAAUUCUAUGUAAUCCAGGUCUUAAUGUCAGGAGGGAAGUACUAUUGCUGGACAAGAUGGGGAAGAGUGGGAGAGUCGGGCCAAAAUGCUUUAGCUGGUCCAUCUGCCGCUGAUGCAGCCAUUAAGAGUUUUGAGAAGAAAUUCAAAGAGAAGACCAAGAAUAAUUGGAGCGACCGAGAAAACUUUGUCUCGCAUUCUGGGAAAUACACAUUGAUAGAAGUGGACGGAGACCAAGAUGCAGAAGUGAAGGUGGACUCUGUGGAUGGCGGCGCUGUGAAGGUGAAAAGUGAACAAAAUGUUUUGCCUUGUACAUUGGAUGCUGAAACUCAAAGACUCAUGCGAUUCAUCUUCGACAAUGACAUGUUCAAAGAAGCUAUGACCAGCAUGGACCUAGAUAUUAAGAAGAUGCCCUUGGGGAAACUCAGCAAGCAGCAGAUAGCCAAAGGCUUUGAGGCUUUGGAGGAAAUUGAAGCUGCAAUAAAGAAAAGUGAACGGAACAAGUUUGAAGAACUCACCAACAAAUUCUUCACCAUAAUUCCUCAUAACUUUGGCCGCAACAGACCCCCUGUCAUUUCUGAUGAUUCUGUUCUUCAGAGCAAGAAGGAGAUGCUUUUGGUUCUUGCAGAUAUUGAAGUUGCCCAGAGUCUUAAAGCUGAAUCUGAGAAAGCCAAAGAAGAGAUGAAGGACACUGUGCCUCAUCCAGUUGACCAAAAUUACCAGUCUCUGAAAUGCAGUCUGAAUCUGGUGGAUAAGAAGUCAAAGGAAUAUAAGAUCAUUGAAAAGUACUUGAAGGCCACUGGACAAGCAGGACUCACUCUCGUGGAUGUAUGGGAAGUCGACAGAGAAACAGAGGCUGAACGCUUCAGGGAAAAUGAUGCAUUGGAGAACCGGAAGCUGCUUUGGCAUGGAACAAAUGUGGCAGUGGUUGCAGCCAUUCUGAAGAGUGGCCUUCGGAUCAUGCCCCAUUCUGGUGGACGUGUGGGCAGGGGAAUCUAUUUUGCUUCUGAAAACAGUAAAUCUGCUGGUUACGUGCGUCCAUCAAACAAAAUUGGCAUCAUGUUUCUAAAUGAAGUUGCUUUGGGAAAGGAGUACACCAUCACACAGGACGAUUCCAGCUUAAGAAAGGCACCCCCUGGCUAUGACAGUGUAAUUGCACGUGGAAGCCUAGAGCCAGAUCCCUCAAAAGAUGUCUUCAUUGAAUUUGAUGGUAAAAAGGUGGUGGUUCCUCAGGGAAAAGCCAUAAAACAGCAGCAGUACGAGGGAAGUCAUUUCUACAACAGUGAGUACCUCAUCUAUAAGGAAAGCCAGUGCCGCAUCCGAUACCUCCUGGAGUUGAAGUUCAAUUAUUACUAGAGAUGCAAAUCAAGAAACUGUAGCUACAUACAGUACAGCCACUUAUCAAAGCCACUUCUGAUAUGUGGUUUCGCUCUUAUAAAGUGCUGAACAUUUGAGGUCAUUCCUGAGUUGGAAAUUCAUUGAAGUUUUGUUUUUGAAAGCUACAUUACAACUUUUUAAUGUACUGUAAACUUUAGUGUGAUCUUACAGUAUGUUUGCUCAUUUUGUCACAUCUCUGAGUGAGGUUUAAAUGCCUUCCUAUCAUUUAUUUUCUGCAAUAUGUUAUUCAUGUUAGAAACAGAUUUACUGGUUUCAGUAGUGUCAUAAAAACAAGCUCUUAUAUGUGUUUAAAGUCAUAUGUCUUUAAGCAUUUAAAAAACUUCAAUCAGGGUGCAUUUAAUAUGUAUAUAUUUAGUAAUUUAGGGGAAAAUGAAGGCAGAUAAAAGAUUGUAAUUGUUUUAUUUUCUGAAAUUAAAAGUUUAAUUUGCACUAAAUAAUGCAGUAAUGUGCAUGUGACCCGUUGACUCGUUGCUGACAAGCAUGGCUUGUGAAGGUAAUGUGAUGCUCUGGACCUUUAUAUAUUUGUUUGAUGAUAAUGGAAAGGUCUUGUACAUGCACAAAUGCAACAUACUGUAUUGUUUGUUUAUAGUUAUCUUUUCCCUUACAUCUUAUGGUGAGUUUUGAAGUUGCUUCAUAAAUGUUAAUGUGAGGACGUGGCACUUCUACAAUCUGAACAUAAUAAAUAAUUAUACUUAUCA